AAGAAUUAAUGAAAGUGAGGCUCAGAAAGUGGGAGGAGUGAGAGUAUACAGAGCAGAAGUAGGAGGAGUAGGAGAAAGAGAUGUACUGUGUUGUGGAAGAUGACAAGUACAAGGGAAAGAAAUAUUCAAAGACAAGAAACAAGAAACAUCAACAACAACAAACUGAAGUAGGAGGAGUAGGAGAAGGAGGAAGUCUGUGACAGUGAGAGAGAGAGAGAAAGAGAGGGAGAGUGGGAGGUGUUGCUGUAGUUCUGUGGCGUGUCGGCGGGCGACACAGGCACAAAUAACAAGAGUGGUACCCCCUUUCAGAUGGGAGCGCUGACAAACGAUUACUAAUUUACAUGCACACACAUACAUACAUACACACACACACACACACACAUAUAUAUAUGUAGACACACACACACACACACACAUACAUAUAUUGUAUAUACGGACACUUAUGAACCCACACUUAUAUAUCUGUAUUCAUGCAUAUCUAUCUGCACACAUAUAUACACAAGAAAGAGCAUUAACUAAAUAGAUUCUUAAAACAAAAACCGUCGCUCCACAUAUACACACACAUUCAUACAGACACAUAUAAGCCACCAUACACAAAAAAUUUAACAACAAAAUAAUACAAAAGAAAAUAAAAAAAUUCAGCAGUUCCACCACCGCCACCACUAUCGCUACUGCUGCUGUUACUGCUGCUGCUGCUACUAAUACUACAGCAAAUUAUCAACAACACCACCACUACCACAACCAGAACCAGCAGCACUACAACUACUACUACAACUAUUACAACAAGUCCAACACGCUCCAACGGCUGGUUGGUUGACGAGCGGUCCCGCUGUCAACAGAACUUUAAAAAAAAAAAACAAAAAACAAAAAAAAAACAUGGAUCUAAGUACGGCGUAUCGUUACCAUAAUACCAAUAUUAAUAUGAUGGACUUUUAUCACUCUUGUAAAAUGCUGAAUGGGUCCAAACAUAAUGACACGUUUUCUGGAUUCUACGAAGCUACAGAAGGUCACGGAGGUGUUAACCAAUUAGGAGGGGUAUUUGUAAAUGGUCGACCUCUACCAGAUGCCGUUCGCCAGCGGAUUGUGGAAUUGGCCCACCAAGGGGUACGGCCUUGUGAUAUCUCUCGACAGCUCCGCGUAUCUCAUGGCUGUGUCAGUAAAAUACUUGGAAGAUAUUAUGAAACAGGCUCAAUAAAGCCGGGUGUGAUAGGUGGUUCCAAGCCGAAGGUAGCAACGCCAAAAGUUGUUGAAGCUAUUGCUCGUUACAAACAGGAAAAUCCUACAAUGUUUGCAUGGGAAAUCAGAGACCGAUUGUUGUCAGAGAAUAUUUGCAGCCAAGAUAACGUACCGAGUGUCAGUUCGAUUAACAGAAUAGUCCGAAAUCGAGCAGCAGAAAAGGCGAAAGGCCAACCUCAAUCAAGUCCUUCGCUUCAAGUCGAAGCUCCAAAUCCUGGAAUUGCACAGUCGAUUUCUACUUUAGAAGAAAUAGCUGUGUUCAUGAACUUUCCUGUCACUUCUUUGCCAAAUGGCCAUACAGAUGUGGAAAAUCGAACAGACGCACAAAACGACCAGAUGAUAUACUCUCCAGAACAUCAUAUAGUACCAACUAAACUCUCUCGCAUUGACGCAAGCUCAAGAGAAUUGAACUCAAACGGCCAGAAUUAUUCGGUUUAUCCAGCACCUUUCAACACUUUUGUCACAAAUACCUCAGCAAACGAUGGACAAAAAGAAUAUCAAAGUAUCAAACAAGAAAUACCAUUACCUGGGUCCUUGACCUCACCCGGCGGCGGCGUUGAAGCACACACAGGUUCCAAUUACAGCCCUCCUGUUGCUCCAGCAACUACCUACAGCUCGAGUCAAAUCUAUUCCAGUUCACCCGUUGGAGUAUCCCCAUUAGUCCAAGUUGCUCCUACUGGUUACAAUGGAAAUAUUCAAGCAAAUGACUAUGCCAAUAAUUACGGUGCUGCCCCAGCGUACGGCUCCUACUCGUAUAGCGAACCAUGGGUCAGAUAUCCUAUUAAUAAUUCGCCGUACUAUUACACGCCGUCAAUCCGACCUGGUGAUCCGGUCAGCUCCGUGGCCAGUUCAUCGAAGACGUAAAGAAAUUGUUUGUUUAUUGCUUGAAAUAUUUAAAGUAACUCUACAGUCUCCUCUCCAGAAAUAACAUGUUGUUCUACUGAAGUCUCUUUUGAUGGUUUUUGACCAAGUUCCAAUAUUUUGACGAAUCCUGAGGUCCUAUUUUCUGUUAUUACAAAGUUAAAACAAACAAGAAUAUUUUUAAUAGUUUGAAUGAAUGAAAAAAUAAAAAAACAAAAUACAAAAUAAACAACCUAAAUCAUAAUAAUUACAAUACUCUGGAUUGUCUGAAAACGGAAGAAAUAUAAAAAUGAACAACGAUGAUAAUAACAGCGACAACCUAUUAUAUUUUCUUUAAUUAUCGGAAAAAAUGCAACAUUAUUACGACAGCGUUAAUUGCUAAAAAUAAACGCCAUAUCAGAUUUGAUUUCAAUAAAAUCUUGAUAUUAAUAAACUAAGCAAAAUAUUGAAAAGAACUGAA